UCAGUGGCCCAGCGGCCCAGCGACUCAGCGACCUAGCAAUUCAGGUCCGCGAUGGCCAGACUCUAGACUCAGUUGGCAGCUAUAUCCUUGUUGUCGCCCUCGUCCACAUCGACCCGCCGCGCAACCUCACCCACGCCCCCCCCCGAAAGAUCCCCAACCUACUGCAUUCUAAAAAUGGGCUGCUGCUUCUCUCGCUCCUCAGGGCCUAACUCGCCCUACCCAGGCGGUGCCCCCAACGCUUCCUCGCGCGCCAUCAAUCCUCCCCCGCUGUCCCUCCCCGAACCCGCCCAAGGCGACCAUCCUCGAGGCGCCUCGAGGCGUCGCCGCCGCGAGCAGCGGCCCCUAGACCAGCACAUCGACAAACCCCUCCGCCGUCACGAAUGGUCCUCCCGCGAUCGGCAAUGGACCAAGCGUGACAUCGCCACUGAGCGUGCUGACUUCUUCGACACCAGGGUCACCGGUCGCCCCGAAGUUUGGCAGACUAUCCAUGCCGCCCUCCAAGUCCUCUGGGAAACUGUCGACCAAGACGCCCAGGAUGUCAACUCCAGCGGCCUCGCCACCGCCCAGAUGAUCCUCUCCGCCGCCGAAAUCUCACUCCCCACGGGCAAUCUCGUCAAUGGUGUCUACGAUGCCCUCGGCAACUACUACCAGCUUCCCGAGUGGGUCGUCUCAGACCCCCAGAACCUCAUCCAGGAGCCCGAUGCCUCCGCAAAGACCGACAUCUCCACCGCUGGCGACGACACUACCGCCGAAGACGAUAUGACCGAUGACGACGACGAGAUUGAGGGCAGGAAACGAGAGAAGGGCAAGGAAGUCAUCGAUGUGCGUGAGAUGGUGUCUCUGCGAGCCAGACUCAGCGAAAAUGGCCAAGACAUCAAACUCAGCAUCUCAGAGUCAGAGACGGUCAAGAGUGUUGCGAGGAAGAUUGCCCAACACGCCGAACUCGCUUCGUCAAAGAGGAUCCGGAUAGCGUAUAUGGGAAAGAUGCUUAAGGAGAAUUCAUCCCUCGCUGCGCAGGGAUGGCAGACUGGCCAUGUUGUCAACGCCCUCGUCUUCAACCGCUAAUCUCGCUCUGCAUCUCUCUUUCUUCGUUAACCCACCACCUAUACCCACGUGGAUCCCCUUCGAAAGGCGACCACCUCUGAUCACGACCGUUCUCAGUGUAUAGUCGCUUGUUACAUCGACGUACACCCUCUGCAUCUGCGGCAUCUGCAUUCAUGUUGAACCCUCUGAUUACGACUUUUGCUUGAUCAUGUCUGGAUAAUACCCCUUGUUUCUCGUCUUUCCCAUCUUGUUCAUGAUGUUUUUGC